ACGAUUAAGUACAAUGUCAGAUUUCUAAAAUGUUGGUGCAAUCAUCGCGACCGUCUUCCUUCCACCUCUUGGAACCUUCAUGAAGAAAGAGUGCGGAUAAGAUUUAUGGGACUACUAUCACAUUCUCUUCGCCCCGUCUCUCCUUCUCACAUGCCUUCCGCCACGCGAAUCGCAGCAGGAAACGUCCUGGCAGGCCCAGCAGCAGGAGCUAGGAUCCUCCUAGUCACGGACCUACCCUCUAGACGUGACACACACGUGCCUGGCCACCGAUAUAGUGCCAAGCAGGAGGGGGAGGGGGAGGAGGAGGGGGAGGAGGAGUGGGAGGGGGAGGAGGAGGGGGAACGCGAGCAGGAGAGGGGGGGAGAAAUGGGUGGGGCAAACAUUGUGGCGAUGAGAGGAGAGAAGGGGACAGCUGGAGAAGAAGAUGGGGUUGGGAGCAAGGAUGGGCUGGGUUUGAGCCAAGAGGGUGUGAGAGUGGAGGGAGGAGGAGAGGGUGAGAGAGUGGGGGAAGACCAGAGGGAGUGUGAGAGAGUGAAGGGGGAAGGGAGGGAAGAAGGGGGGGGUGAGAAAGCAAAGACAGAAGGGAGGGGAUCGUGGGAAUGA